AACGAGGUUAUUAGGACCCGCAUUGCGUGCCUAUGCGCGGGCCGACAUCAACAGAGCAGCAAGACCAUACAGUUCACUAAGAAGGCAGAGACAAGCAGGUAAUCGAUGCUCUCCCAUUUGUUUUGUACCGCACCCCCACCAGUCUUUGACUCAAUACGACCCACUGCAGGACCACGACAACGUAUUCUUGGCCACCAACCUGUAGCUCGACCUCACAAAGUUGCAGCUGCUUACGAGACUCCACAUGUGCCCGGAGAAGAUAAAUCUGCAUCGCAUGCUGAGCCUCUUAUUGAGCAUGACGCCAAAUUGUCCGAAGACCCUGCCGCCAUUGAGGUCAGUAUCCCAACUCCCCCAGGAGCCGUCGUCACUCCGGAUUACAAAGGCGCUCUCGUGUUGGCACAGCCUGCGCUGGUGAUUGGAAGACAGAUUGAGAUGAUGAAUGUGUUUUUGGGUUUCGAGCAAGCUAACAAGUACUCUAUCAUGGACCCGAAUGGAAACAACGUCGGAUUUAUCGCCGAAGAAGACAGUUUAACAAGUACUAUGUCGCGACAGCUUCUACGUACACACCGCAAGUUCAAUGCUACAAUUAUGAACGCUCAAGGCGAAGUCGUGUUCAAGAUUUCUCGACCAUACUCUUUGAUCAACAGCCGUAUUUUCAUUCACACAGUUGAUGAUGAGUUGAUUGGUGAAGUUCAACAGCGAUGGCACUUGUUACGAAGAAAAUACGAUUUGUUUGUUGGUACAAAUCAAUUUGCUACCAUUGAUACUCCAUUCCUCGGCUGGGACUUUGAUCUUCGUGAUGAACAAGGAGAGCUUAUUGGCAAUGUCAACCGAAACUUUGUAGGAUUUGCUCGUGAACUUUUUACAGAUACAGGUCAAUACGUCUUGCGUAUGGAUGCAGUAGAAGGCAACUCCAGAGGGUUGACUUUGGAUGAAAGAGCGGUUGCCCUUGCCUGCGCUGUCAGCAUUGAUUUCGACUUCUUUUCACGUCACUCUUCGCAUGGUGCUGGUGGUUUCUUCCCAUUCCCAUUCUUUGGAUUCGGAGGUGGCGACGAAGCCCGGGAUGACAGCCGCGAAGCUCCUCCAGCAACUGACUCCGCUCCGUCAUCACAAUACCCAUCUCAACCCCCACCACCAGCCUCGCAAAACGAGUAUGGCGACGUAUGGGCGGAGGAGUCUGUUGAAACCCCUGAAGAUGAAGACCAAGGCUUUUUGGCAGGAUGGAAAAAUCUAACCGGAGGCGAUGACGGUGAUGAUGAAUGGUUUUAAGCAAGCAGAAACAGUUGUGGUCUCUUAAUGCCCUAUGUUAGAACAAAUGUAUAAAAUAAAAAAAUCCUCACACACCAGCGCUAAGAGAAAGUUGCCCCUGUGUGGUUUUGAUGCAAUCUCAU